AUGGCAGUCCCAGAAGGAAUGACCCUAAAGACCCUAGCCGGCCAAUUUGUUCCCAACAAGGCCUUAUCGGACGACGCCGAUGGUUCGCUCGCUUUGCAAGGAGUUCCCUGGCUAAUGCGCAAAGGCAUUUCCCUAGCGAGCCCUAAAUUUACUAUCUCACAUUCUGCUGAAGAUGAUGGAACCCCCGUUGUCAAUAUUCAAGUCAAUGGGGUGGGUGGAAGUGGAGUUACUGAGAAACGGUACUUGAAUUGGGAACCAGUUUCUGGGAAGAAUCCCCUGUACGGGAAGACUGAAACUCGGUCACGUCUCUAUACCUCCUCGUUGGAGCGUUCAGAUUCACAUACGGAUGAGGACUACGCCUUUCUGAACGGAGAAGCCAGUAAGGAUGGUUCCGCCAGCUGCUGGGCCGAGGAUGCCGAUGGCCAUCAUCUACAAUGUGUAAUUGCCAACGCCGAGGCUGGCUGGACAAUGGAACAGACUUGGGGUUUUGAGAAUAUUGAUGGAAAGCGGUAUCAUACUCGGCGAUCGGUGGUGAGGAAAGGGGAGCAGGUCGAAAGAGGAAGAUUGGUUUAUAAUUAUAGCUCGUAG